GCUUCUUGUCAACCACCUCCUCGAUCUACCUCAACCAUAAAUUCAUCCUCGCCCUCGAGGCUGAGACUUUUCGUCACUCUCCUGCCCUCUCCAAUGUAUGUGCGAUCCCGCUGCUGCUGAGCGCGAGCCUUUACUUUUUCGUCGCGCGUUUCCCGCGUCACCUUUGUACAAGCUCGACGACAUCUCAGAUCCUGCACGCCUUCGCAACCUUCCGAAACCGCCUCCUCCCUUGCCAGCAGCGUAAUCACGAUGUCCGGCUUUGGAGGCUUUGGCGGCUUCGGCCAGAAUAACAAUCAACAGCAGAGCACUCCUUUCGGUGGAUUUGGGUCAACAACAAACACGAAUACUGGAUUUGGCUCUACAGGCAAUACUGGCUUCGGAAGCACAAACACUACCGGUGGUGGGCUCUUUGGCGGUGGUUCUACCGGCUUCGGCAGCUCUGGAGGUUUCGGUAAUACGCAAAAUAAUGCCUUCGGUGCAAAGCCAGGUGGAUUUGGUAGCACAACUGCAACCACCGGCGGCGGAUUAUUUGGCAGUGGUACGGCCACAUCAGGGUCCACUGGUUUCGGUGGAUUUGGUUCGAGCACCCCUGCUGCUUCGUCGACAGGCUUUGGCGCAGGAAAUAGUGGUGGUUUGUUUGGAGGUAAUAAGACUGGUUUUGGUACGGGCACGACGAACACGUCAAACCCAUUCGGCGGCGGUACGUCGACUCCGUUCGGAGCCUCGACCACAGGCGCGUUCGGAGCUCCAGCUUCCACAGCUUUAGGAGCAAAUACUGGAGAAUGCCAGGGCACUGGAGCCGUUCCAUUCCAGCCUUUCGUCGAGAAGGAGCCCAACAGCACCAGCAAUCAACAGAACGCUUUCCAGAGCAUAUGCUUCCAACAACCAUACCAGAAGUUCUCCCCUGAAGAGCUCCGAUUAGCGGACUACGCGCAAGGUCGCAGAUAUGGUAACCAAAGUAACCAACCAGGUGCUUUUGGCAGCACCAACUUUGGAUCUUUCGGUUCUACGAAUCAAACCAGUACUGGAUUCGGCGCAACCAACACUGGGACAGGUUCGAAUCUAUUCGGUGGUGGAUCAACGGGCACUGGAUUUGGUACCUCCCAGCCACAGACAUCUGCAUUUGGAGCAAAUACCGCUACAAGUGGAGGACUCUUUGGACAGAAGCCUGCAACUGGUGGCUUGUUCGGCGGUCAGGCACAAAAUCAAACUUCUGGUGGUCUUUUUGGAAGCGGGUCAACAGGAUUUGGUUCUACAAAUACUGGAGGAUUCGGCUCAAACACUGGGACCACAGGCUCGUCGCUCUUCGGUGCCAACAAUGCGGCCAAGCCUGCUUUCAGCUUCGGAACUUCAACGCCGGCCUCUACCGGUACGGCUUUCGGAUCAACACCUGCGACUGGGGGCUUUGGCAGUGGGGGCUUGUUUGGAGGAGGACAGCAACAGAACACAUCAACCCCUUUUGGUACACAGCAGCAACAACAGCAACCAGCUACGAACAAUCUAUUUGGUAGUGGCUUUGGCAGCACCUCUCAACCUGCUUCUGGAUCAUCUCUCUUUGGUAAUAACAACAACCAACAGAAACCUGCUGGUGGGCUUUUCGGAACACCUGCUGCGACAGGAACUGGCUUAUUUGGUAGUUCACAACCAGCAGCCAAUACGACUAACCCCUUUGGGGCUUCCACCAACACGCAGAACACCGGUGGUCUAUUCGGUAAUGCCGCCAAGCCAGCUACCACUGGGACAAAUCUAUUUGGAACUCCUAGCAAUACUCAAACAAAUACUGGUGGAAGUCUCUUUAGCGGAUUUGGUAGUUCAAACCAGAAUCAGCAACAACAGCAGCAGAAUACCGGUAGUCUUUUCAGUGGUCUCGGUAGCAGCAACCAACAGAAGACGUCGUUAUUCUCUCAGCCCCAGCAGCAAACCGGUGGUACCAGUCUCUUUGGUCAAAAUACUGGAACUCAACAACAAGGAGGGAGCUUAUUUGGUGGCCUUGGCAGCUCCCAACAGCAACAGCCGCAGCAGCAGCAGCAGCCCCAAAACUCCCUCUUCGGUGGUGGUGGUAGCUCCUCUCUCUUUGGAGGGUCGCAGCAAAACCAGCAGCAACCCCAGUCUCUCACAGCCAGCAUCAACGACAAUGCAGCGUUUGGCAAUGCGUCUCUGUUCUCUAGUCUCGGAUCGGCGCAAGUCAAUAACCCUGGUCCGCUUGCGACACCGCUGUCUAGUAGUGCCAAGCAGAAAAAGGCUGCGGCGCUUCCUAUGUACAAGUUGAACUCUGCUUCUACAACUCGUUUCGUUACUCCAUCCAAGCGAGGUUUCGGGUUUUCUUACAGCAAUUACGGUACUCCUGGUAGUGCUUCAAGUACAUCCAGCACUCCGGGAUUCAACGGUAGCUUGCUGGGUAGUAGCAUGAACAGAUCACUAAGCAAGAGUGAUAGCAUUCUUGCUCCAGGCGCAUUCUCUGCGAGCCCCAGCGCUAGGCAUUACGGCAGUACUGGAAGCAUGAAGAAAUUGGUCAUCAAUAGGAACCUUCGCUCAGAUCUCUUCUUACCACCGAAAGAACAGAACCAGCAGCUCCCUGCCAGUCCCAAUGGCAAUGGUAUUCUCAAGAAGCGGGUUUCCUUUGACUCUAAUACUUUAGGUCCCGCUAAUGGCACCAGCCCCCUAAAGCAGGUACAAAACGGUGCAACCCCCAGUUCGGAAGAGUUAGGCUACAUGCGACCUCGACCUACAACUAAUGGCACAAACGGCACUACUUCGCCACCUGAGAUGGAACAAGUCAGGAACAAUGAGCUCGCCAUCGUUCAUGAGGAAGAAGCAACAAAUUCAACCACCCAGAAGCCUUCUGCGCCCAUUAGUCUCGAGGAUCAGGAACCUGGACAGUACUGGAUGAAGCCUACCAAGGCAGAAAUUGAGAACAUGACCCGAGAUGAACGCCGCGCCGUUUCCAACUUUACCGUCGGCCGUGAGGGAGUUGGCCAUGUUACUUUCUCUACCGUCGACCUUAGAGACAUCAAUCUCGAUGAGCUCUUCGACAACAUUGUUGUUCUGACUGUUCGAUCAGCCACCGUCUAUCCGAAUGCUGCCAAGAAGCCACCGAGGGGCAAAGGUCUCAAUGUUCCAUCAACCAUCUCGUUACAGAACUCCUGGCCUCGAGGCAAGGAUAAGCGAACACCCCUUGGUGAAAAGGCGGGCCCAAGACUCAUGAAGCACAUUGAUCGUCUACAGAAGGUUCCCGAUACCAAAUUUGUUAGCUACGACAAGGAUACCGGAGUUUGGACUUUCAAAGUUGAACAUUUCACGACGUAUAGUUUGGAUCUCGAUGAAGAUGAGACUGAUGGUGAAGAAGUGAGCGAACUUGGCCAAAGCACCCUUAGCGCUCCACCAGAUACUCCCACACCUAAGUCUCGCACACCCCAGCCGCGAAGCUUCGAUGAGACUUUUUCGUCUGUGUCUCAAGUCACCCAAACGGAAUCUGACCCGGAUGAUACAUUUCAAUUCCGAAAGAAGAAGAUUCUCCCUGGCGCAUUUGAUGGCCAGGAGGUCUUUGAUGAGGAAGUGGAAAUGGAAGAGGAUGAGGACCAGGACCAGCAGUCUUUUUUAGAUGAGCGCUCCGUGGGUUCGCAAUCUGAAAAUGGCGUCGAAGAGCCAAUGGACCAAGACGACGUCUUUGUAGAUAACGAAUCUGUCAGUAUUGUGGAUCAAGAGAUGGCGGGCUCUUUUCCACAGGCUGACUACACCACGGAGCACGAUGACAACUCGCAGGAUGAUGAGAGCAUGGACGCUGUGGAGGAUACACCUGGAGGAAUUUUGAGGGCCAGAAUGAGAGCACUGAAAAAUUUUGAAUCGCCGGCGAAGCGGAAAUUUGCGACUGGUAAUGACUGGACGAGUACCCUUAAGACUACGAUUAGUCCCCAAAAGCAGGACCGCGCUUUACUCAAGAGUUUGAUUGAUCUUCACGACAACGAUUCUCGACGCGACGACGAACCGACACCUGUUGCAAGAAGCAGAGUCGUCUCUGAUGGACGUGGCUUUGCUACCAGCAUUGAUUUGAUGAAUUCGUUAUUCGGCCAGACAAAGAGCCCAGUUAAGCCUGCAAAACUUACUGCAAAGCCCAAGGGUUUCGAGUGGCCCUAUGUGAAAAGAUCCAAGACUGGCGAUGAUGAUAUGUCUAACAUGACCGAGUCAGACCGCGCCUUCCACGAGUCCAUGAGACCAACUUGGGGUCCGGACGGAACACUGGUCUACGCCGUCACCUCAAAUCCGCAGCCAUUCGGCAAAUCAUCUCGUAGAGCGCGUGAGAGGGAUGGUUUACUCACAAUUCAGAAGGGAGGCGUGGUCUCCGAGAGCAGAGACGUAAGAUUUGCUAAGUUCUCGAACGAGGCUGCCGCACAGGCACUGAAGAAGCACAUCAGCUUGACAGUUAUUGAUAUUAUCGAUGGUGUUCCCCUUGCGACACUUGGUCGAUCUUUCUCUUUCUCAGAUUUCGUUGAUAACCAAGCCAGUCAGAACCCAGCUGCUACACACGAGAAGCUUGUUUGGCAGCUUGCCAGUGUCCUCUUCGAUCAAAUUAAGGUCCCUAAAGAACUUGAGCAGUUUCCUAAUGCGGCCAACCGCUUGCGCAAAGAUAAAUUGUCAGCUUUUUGGCAAAAGCUGGUUGACCAAGCUACCACCCAACAGAUCUCCAUGGCUAGAUCAGCCGAGGAGAAAGCAAUCGCGGCUUUGUCAGGCCAUAGGAUCCCGGAUGCCUGUGCGCAUCUUAUCAAUGGCAAGGAUUUUCACCUUGCAACACUCGUUGCUCAAAUUGGGGCAAGCGAAAGCAUGAAGAAGGAUAUUCGAGAGCAACUCAGCGACUGGCAAAAAUCUCGGGUCCUGUCAGAAUUUAGCCAACCGAUCAGAGCCCUCUAUGAGGUUCUUGCUGGUAAUGUCUGUGUCUGCGAAGGAUCCAAGGGAGCGCCGAUCGAAGAUCGCAUUGAGUCGUUCGUCAUUUCAAAACGAUUCGGGCUCGAUUGGCGACAGGCUUUCGGUAUGAGAUUAUGGUAUGGCAUCUUGGCUGGGGAGAACAUCGAAGUUGCCGUUCAGAAAUUCGCGGAUGACCUUGCACAAGAUCUGGAGACCUCUCGACCCCACGCUUGGUAUGUUGAGCAGAAGAUACCACCGUUGUGGGAGGAUGAAAAGCUCGGAGAACGUGAAGAUUUGCUCUGGGGUCUUCUGAGACUCUAUACCUUCCCGGACUCGGAUCUUGAAGCUAUCAUUCGUCCGGAGAAUUCCCAAUUAUCUCCCCUUGACGCCCGCCUCUCCUGGCAACUUAGCCGCACUCUCACCACAUACGGCGGGAUUGGCUACUCGGAAGAUGCCGCCGAUAAAUCAGAUGAAGUUACUUUAUCCUUUGCCUCACAACUCACUAGUGAGGGCAGUUGGCUAGAGGCUAUCUUCGUCCUCCUUCAUCUUUCAUCUGCUGAUGCUAGAGCAAAGUCCAUUCAGAAUCAUCUCGCCUGCCAUGCUGGCCGUAUAGGGUCAGAGGACAGUGAGAGUUUCACAGUGUUGACACAGGAUUUCAAGAUCCCUGCGCCAUGGAUCUGGGAGGCCAAGGCGCUCUACAUGCGAAGCGUGAAAAAGGAUCCCAGAGGAGAGGUUGAGUGCCUUAUCAGAGCCGGCUCCUUCGAGGAGGCCCACCGCACUUUCGCCAAGGAUGUCGCACCCAAGGCCGUUGUGGAACGCGAUUAUGAUACUCUGCAUGCACUGCUGAGUGGCUUCCGAGGCAAGGAAAAUAUUAUCUCAGAGUGGCGCCUGGGCGGAGAGAUAUAUCUCGAUUUCCUCUAUUUGCUAGAUUGUCAGCAGAAAGGAAGAGCCGUCGACUAUUCGGUUCUUGACCGAUUGCUAGCCGGACUCCCUGCUGUGGUUGAGGAGUCGCGGCAUCCGGAUUUCAUGGAGACUGUUGCGAUCGAGACGAUCAGCGAAGAUGUCGCUAAGAUGGUGGUUAAUUUGGGAAAGAAGGGCGAGAAGGCCGAUCUCCCCAAAGUCUUGAGACUGCCACUGACGGAGGACAAAUACUUGAAACACACUGUCGAAUUGAGUCUGAGAUACUACCGGGAUGUUAUGGUAGGUGGACGAUAA